AUGGGGAUGAGGAUGAGGAGGGCGGCGGGGAGGACCCCGCUCUCCCCGGGAUGCGCCUCCUCCGCCCGGCUCUCUCUCUCUCUUCGGGGCCUGCCCGCUCCCCGCUGCUGUCCCGAGGCGCAGCCCGGCCCCGGCCGGCCGUCCCGCUCGCCUUCCCCGCCCCUCUCCCCGGCGGCCAGCCGCGCGGUGCACAGGCCCCGCCGGCGGCCAGCAGGACCCGGGGGCGACGGGGGGGGGAUCCGCGCCGGCCUCCCGGCCUCUCCCCGGGGCCUGGUACGCGAUCUCCGCGGGGAGACGAGGCCUGGCGAGGGGCGAGCGGCCCCGGGAAGGUCACCGGCACGGCGCUGCCGGGCACGGGGAGGCUUCCUCCGGCACCGCCGCCGCUACCGCUGCCGGCCCAGCCUCAGCGGCCGCUGGGUGCCGCGCUCCGCCCGGGCUCGCUCUGUGCCGCUGCCCGGCGGCCGCCUCCGGGUCCGAGUGCCAGGCUGCCCCCUUCCCCUUUCUUUCUUCCUUCCUUCCUUCCUUCCUUCCUUGCCUCCCGCCCCUUCCCCGCUGCCAGCCUUCCCCCGCCGGCUCCCUCCGGCGCCCGGUGCCAGGCUGCCCCCUGCGGGUCCCGCCGCCGUAGGCUGCCCACCGCCGGCGGCCCGAGGCGGAGGCGGGCUUGCAGGGCAGCCGCCGCUGCCUACCGGCGGCUACCGAGAACCGGCCGCUCGCCUCCGCCGCUCUGCCCGAGGCUCAGCGGCAGCUGCAGUGCCUGUGUGUCUGUGUCAUGUCUGUGCAUGGGCGGGCGGAGGCGCGGGGCCGAGGCGGAGCCAGCCCGUGACACACCGCCCAGCGACAGGCGCCCGGCGCCCAACCAGCGGCGGCCUCGCCGAGCGGCGCCCGGGGCCGCCGCACCUGGGCCCGGCCGCUCGGGUUUGUAACUGCUUUGGUGACAGUCAUGAUGAAAGAAUUGCUGGAGAUGUAUGAAGGAGGAAACAAGAUUGUAUAUACGGCUUCAUUAUUAAGAAAACCAGGUUGUCUGCUGCCUAUCACUGGAAGUCUCAGCAGAUAAACAUUUUUUUGUCUCAUGCUGUGUCUUAAAAACUGGUAAAUUGUCAGUCUGAUCCUACAAAAUACUGAACAAUUUCUGCAGAUUCAUAAUGUUCUUAUCUACUAUUAGAGCAGAGAAGUCUCAGCACCCACAACAUUUCUUAGGUUUUAAGAGCAGCAUGGAUUAUUAGGAUUGUCUAAUGUACCUCCAUACAUGACAAAUGAUGGAGCUUAAUACUGCGGCAAAGUAUUGUACUUGAAAUUGCUCUGCAUCUGUCAGGUUGCUUUCCUACACAGAAUGGACAACAGUUGUUCAAGCCCAAGGGAGCAUUCAUCAAGCUCUGGCUGAGAACGAUUACCACCAGGUUACGAGAACUAACAUGGACAGGAGGAGCAACUACCUGUGAAGAUAAAGUUUUUCGGAAACUAAGUUUAUAAACAAGUAAUCUUUUCACAUUAAUCAUAAAAUUGCUCCAUCAGUCUUUGUCCUUGAAGAUUCUGAAGUGACAAUUGCUUUGGACAUGGAGUAAAAAAAUAGCACAGAAGGAUAAUUAUGCCAAGGACAUGUAAAAAUAAAAAUUAGCUGCAAAUACUUGCACUUCAGAUCUCAUUCAGCCAGAAAGAAUUUUUUCUGAGAAGCUACACAGGUUCUGGAGAAAGAGGUCUACUUACAUUAAAAAGCAAAACCUGUAAUAAUGUCAAGUAUAGGGUUUUAAAAAUAAACAGUUAUUUAAGGUUGCAAAUCUGAAAGUUUUAACAAUCCUAUUAAUAAAAAUACGUAAACCAGACAUUCCCUUUUGAAUAAAAAUGUCUAUUUUGAGGUGGUGCUAAUAUAAAGGCUUUUAUAAGAGCUUUUAGGGGUUACCUCUAAUGCGCAAUACAAUAAAUGAUACUAGUAUGAAUUA